CCGGCGCGGGUUCCCGGCGGGCUGGCGCUUCUCCACGGGUCCGCCUGCGCCUUCCAUCGCCCGAGGGCCGAGAAGGAGGACGUGGGGAAGCAGACCUGAUCCUCCCUUUACCGAGGGCUCGGCCCCCUUCACCGUGCCUGACGCGGCGCGCGGGUCCCCGAGACCGCCGGGCGCGGGGAAGCAUGCCGGGUUUCCCAGGCCGGGACGGAGCCUCCUUGAUCCAGGCCCCUCCCAGGCGUGUUGAGGUCUGGGGUGGGAGGGUGCAGUGUGCGGCGUUGGGGGGCGGGCGGUCCCCGGGAAUCUCUGCGCCCCGAACCCCAGCGCGGCAUCAUGGCUGCGGAAGGGCGCUCGCCACCGACCCCGCCGCCUUGGCUCAGACGUUGUAGCGGACCGCUGAUGGACCUCACCUGGCCAUCUCAGGCCCUUUCCAACCUCCUCCCUCGUAAAACUAGUGCUAGUUGGGGCGAGCCGUUUUAGGAGUCCUUGUGGGUCUCACAUGCGUUUAACUUUUCACCUGUCCACUGGCUUCUGUAAACUUUCCAACCCCUGUCAGAAUGUUGACCCAUCUCACCCACUGUGUUCCUUGUCACUGUCGGAGUUUCACCUCUCAUUCUCUUUCAAGCUUUCUCCCUUUCCCUUCCCCUUUCUUAGGCCAGUGGAAAUCCAGUCAUGGUAUCCCCAUAGAGAGGUGGGGGGAACCAGCAGCUUUGCGCAGAAGGAAAAAGUAGCUCAGCUGCUAAAGCGUCCAUCUCCUGAAGUGUGCCCGCCUGUCCUUCAGGGGCUCUCCCUGCAAGAGGACUCAACCCCGAAAGGCUCUGUCAGGCCCUGGGGUUGUGCUUUCAUGCAAAACAGCCACUCCUGCUAGUUUGUGCAAGUGGUUACGUGCCCUCAGCAAAAGCCAGGUUUCUGAUGUGAACCUUUCGAUUUUUCCUUUGGCGGAAAAGUCGUUUACGGAUCCCUGCGUUUAGUUAUGGCUAUAGCUCAGUAGAGGACAAUGGACUUGGCUAACCAAAGGUCGACUUGGUCAUAAGAAUGACCUAUUUCUGGGAGAGACUGGCCAUUCUGCCUGUUGAAUCUGAAAGCAGGGAGCAAUUUCAUUCGAUUUUAGAUACCUGAAACAUCACAGCAACUUCUGGGUGGUUCUGAGGAUUAAAGAGGUUUGGAGGUUGCUAUGUUCAUGCUGCUUGUCUUUGGAGCAUUGCUUCCUGAGGUCCCCCUGAGUGGCCAAGACAAGGCUCCUCCCCAGGCCGAUGGCAUUUCAGCCACCCCUCUGUUCAACUAUGCCAGCCUCCGCCUGCCGGAAGAGCAUAUUCCCUUCUUUUUGCACAAUAACAGGCAUAUUGCCACAGUCUGCAGGAAAGACUCACAUUGUCCUUAUAAGAAAUACUUAGAAAAUUUGAAAUACUGCUGGGGUUAUGAGAAAUCCUGCAGACCAGAGUUCAGAUUUGGUUACCCUGUUUGCACCUAUGUGGAUAUGGGAUGGACAGACACUCUUGAAUCAGCCCAGGAAAUAUUCUGGAAGCAAGCCGACUUUGGAUACGCCGCAGAGCGUCUGGAGGAGCUCCAUGUGCUCUGCCAGCCGAAGGAAAAGAAUGACUCAAGUCUGGUGUGUUCCCGUUACCUUCAGUACUGCAGAGCCACCAAUAUCUACCUUGAUUUAAGAAACAUCAAGAGAAACCAUGACAGAUUCAAGGAAGAUUUUGUCCAGAGUGGGGAAAUUGGAGGACACUGUAAACUUGACAUUCGUUCGUUGAUGUCUCAAGGUCAGCGCAAAAGCCCUCUGCAGUCUUGGUUUGCGGAGCUGCAGAGCUACACUGAGCUCAACUUCAGACCUGUAGAAGAUGCUCAGUGUGACAUUGUUAUUGAAAAACCAACCUACUUCAUGAAACUAGAUGCAGGUGUUAACAUGUAUCACCACUUCUGUGAUUUCAUCAAUCUUUACAUUACCCAGCACGUUAACAAUUCCUUUAGCACAGACGUGUACGUUGUGAUGUGGGACACGAGCUCCUAUGGAUAUGGUGACCUGUUCUCCGACACGUGGAAAGCAUUUACUGAUUAUGAUGUUAUACAUUUGAAAACUUAUGACUCCAAAAGGGUAUGUUUUAAAGAAGCUAUUUUUUCCUUACUUCCCCGGAUGAGAUACGGGCUGUUCUAUAACACCCCUCUGAUCUCUGGGUGUCAAAAUACCGGGUUAUUCAGGGCAUUUUCCCAGCAUGUACUGCACAGACUGAACAUCACACAAGAGGGUCCCAAGGGUGGAAAAAUUCGAGUGACCAUUCUCGCACGGAGCACAGAGUAUCGGAAAAUACUGAACCAAAAUGAGCUUGUAAAUGCACUGAAAACAGUAUCUACAUUUGAGGUCCAGAUUGUUGAUUAUAAGUAUAAGGAACUUGGGUUUUUAGAUCAGCUGAGAAUCACGCAUAACACAGACAUAUUUAUUGGAAUGCAUGGAGCUGGUCUUACCCAUUUGCUUUUCCUUCCAGACUGGGCUGCCGUGUUUGAACUGUACAACUGUGGAGAUGAACGUUGUUACCUGGACCUGGCUAGGCUGAGAGGUGUCCACUACCUCACUUGGCAAAGGCAGAACAAAGUCUUUCCUCAAGAUAAGGGCCACCACCCAACUCUUGGGGAGCAUCCAAAGUUUACCAACUAUUCUUUUGAUGUAGAAGAAUUUAUGUACCUUGUCCUUCAGGCUGCAGAUCAUGUAUUGCAACACCCAAAGUGGCCAUUUAAGAAAAAACAUGAUGAGUUGUAAAUCUGUUCAGUCUUUUUGCCAAAAGGGAGUUUUUGAGCAGUCCUGCACCCAGACUCACCUCACAGUUAAAUAGGUAAAACAGCCUGUUAUCUCCUAGCCCCAAAUCAUCUUUUUUUUAAAAAAAAUACCAAUACAAUGCCUUCAGGAUAUUACUUACGUCUUUUAUAGCUUUUAAGUGUUUUGUUUGAUUUUUGUGUCAUUGCUAUUUAUCAAGAUACUAUUUUUGCACUGAAAACUUUACUUUUUAUAGUUCAAAAAUUGGGCCUGGGCUCACUGGUAUCAUUGAGCUUUUUUCUUAGGGAUGCCAAAGUUUGCAACUUUCUUAGUUUUAGAAUUUGUAAGUGUUUUUGUAGAAUACCAUGAGAUCAUCAUUUUAGAGGCUUCCAACUUGAUAAUGAUAUGUUUGAGUAAAAUCACAACUCAUUUAUUUGCCAUAGUUUGUUCAUAGCACUGUUCAUAGUUGGACAGGAAAACAUGCAAUGCACACACACACACUACUGUUCAUAAUUGGAAAGGAAAACAUGCAACACACCCAUGCAUACAUGUGCACACACACACACACACACACACACACACACAGACAGUUGUGGUUUUCAGUACCAAGCUAUAGGACUGUGUUAUAGAUCAAACAGUAUUAUAAAUAGAUCUGUUUUAUUCUUAUCAGAGUCCAAAUGAGUUCUCUGUUAUAUCCUUAUAGUCAACGCCAGGUUAUAUUCAUCCAGAACCUGAAUAAAUCAUGCUGUUUCCUUAAUUCAUAUUCAUAUAUUUCAUAUGCAAAUCAUGUUUUCCCCACGUGUAACAACCACAUAUGAUAAAAGCAAAUGAGAACGUUCUUUAGAACGGUUUUAUGUAUCUUCUAGCUGGUUCCCACCGGCUCUUUCUUAGCUGUGGAGAGCAUUUAUGUAUGAAACAGUGGUUUCAUUGUGCACAUAUUUGUAAGUGCAUAUACCUGUGUGUAUCCGUCUACCUCUUUCAGCAUGAAACUAUUCCAGUGUUUGAUUUUGCAAACUUCAAGUUAGCCACAAGUAGAGAUUUUUUUUCCCCUAUAAAAAAGUAAAGGCAAAAAAGGGUAAAGACACACAUGAAUUAGCCAGUUCAAAAUGAGUAAGAAGCCAUAAGAGAGUGUCAUAGAUUAAAAAGUAUCUGACAGCCACCCCUACUCCCUCAGUGAGAUUCAUUUCUUACUAUUUAUGAACCUUCAAUUUAGUGGUUGGAAACCACGGAUUUAUUUUAUUGUAAAAUGUGAAGUUUACAUUUUAUUAACACUGAGUAAUCUCAUUUAGAGACUAGCAGCUUCUAUUUUUUUAAGUAAGGGAUUAACAAAGUACAGCAGAGCUAAAAUUUUUUUUAUGUUUUAGAGUAGUUAAAAGAAAAAAAGAACAUACAGAAGACAAGUGACUUGAGAAUCCUAAAAUAUUUAUUAUCUGGACCUUUACAGAACACAUUUGCUGACUCCUGCUUUAAAGGAUUAUCAACAGUCUUCUAGAGUUUAGGAAUAUUUAUUAAAAUAUCUAUAAAUGAAUUAAUGAAUCACUGUAGCAGUAGCUUUGAUUUGAGACCUUUACAAUAUUUAAAAAGACUUACAAUAUGACUUUUGAAAUGAUUGGUGUUGCUGCUGUUCUUUGUCCAAAAUACUGAGUAACUGCUGAGAAGAUCAUUCACGUGAAAGGAAUUGUCAAGGCUAUGUUGCAUGUUUAGUCAGAGAGGCAGAAACAUCUAAAAAAAAUGGCCUGAAAAAGGUUUCAGCAUUUAUCUUCUUACCUCAUUUUAAGAAGUGUUUGGCAAUGUGCUUCUGUAGAUGAGCAAGAAUUUUAGGGAUUGAAAACAAUUUCAUAAUAAAAUGUUACAUUUGCAUAUUUCACAAAGAAAGAGUACGUUUUAUAGAAAUGAGAAAAUACACUAGGUACUUUAUGUAAUUCACUUUUAUCAGACUUUCUUUUUGAUGGGAGCAAAAGAAGGUCUUCAAAUUGUUAUAAAAUUUUAAAUGUAAAGACUGCUCUUUUUAUUAAGUCUUUGAAAGAGAUGCAUGUCAUUGUUUGUACAUUUGGGAUAUGGCUUUAGAAUAAAUCUUUUUAUAUUUUAUUUGAA